CUGACGGGGCAUCGAGGAGGAGUGACGGACUGUGACGUCAGCAGGGACGGCGAGCGGCUGCUCUCUGCGUCCGAGGACAAGACGAUCCGACUGUGGUCGCUUGAAAGAGGAGAACCCAUACAGCAGUUCACCGGCCACCAUGAGGCCGUUCUCAGCUGCUGCUUCAGCGGGUACGACUCCGAGCUGUUUGCCAGCGGGUCGGCGGAUCAGACGAUCAGAGUCUGGGACAUGAGGACAGGAUGUCUCAUCCGAAGCCUCAGGGGACACAAGGGGAAGGUCUUGUGUGUAGCAACUGCUGUCGACGGUCCCCAGGUCGUCAGUUCAGGAGAGGACGGGACGUUGCGCAUGUGGAACCCGGAUGGGGGCAUGCAGAUUGAUCAGGAGGGGCACAUGAAGAAAGUUCUCUGCAUCGCCUUCUCCGAAGACGGUCGCUACUUUGCGUCAGGAUCAGCAGACGCCAGCAUCCUCUGUUGGAAUCUCAAGGAAGAGAAGAGCGUUCUCCUGCGAGGACACACGGGGGAGGUCAACCAGCUCCUCUUCACACGCGACCUCAUCCUCCUAUCUGUCUCCUCCGACGCCUCGUUUCGUCUAUGGUCGUUG